AUGAAUAUCAACAAGAAGCUCGGGAGGGUCAAGCAAUGGGCUGGGGAGAAGAUGGGCGGGGAGAUCAAGACCAACGUGUCUGAUGAGUUCAAGGAUUUGGAGCUGGAGAUGGAUCUUAGACAAGAUGGCAUGCAGAAGCUCCACAGAUCCAUGACCACCUACGUCAAGUCCCUCUCUAAACGCAACGAAGUCGAAGACAAAGAGAAGAUCCUACCGGUUGGAUACCUGGGUCAAACAAUGAUACAUCAUGGCGAGGACUUUGAACCUGACUCGGAGUUUGGAAACUGUCUCAUCAGCAUGGGCAGAGCAAACGAGAAAAUUGCACGAUCUCAGGAGACGUACGUUGUGACAGCUACAAAUGGAUGGCUCGAAUCAUUGGAACGAUCUCUGGCAAUGAUGAAGGAGUACCAGGCUGCCCGGAAGAAGCUUGAAAACCGACGACUUGCAUAUGACGCCUCCCUUUCGAAGAUGCAGAAAGCCAAGAAGGAAGAUUUCAGAACCGAGGAGGAGCUUCGGUCUCAGAAAGCUAAGUAUGAGGAGUCAAGUGAGGAUGUCUUGCGGCGUAUGCAGGAUAUCAAGGAAGCGGAAGCAGAUAGCGUUGCCGAUCUUGGAGAGUUCCUGGAGGCAGAGCUUGAAUACUACGAUAAAUGCCGAGACGAGCUGCUCCGUUUGAAGAGAGACUGGCCUGCUGGACAAACCUCCUCACACCGUGACCAGAGACGACCAAACCCACGUUCUCGUUCCAACACUGCGCACUCCUACAAUGAAAGGUAUGAGGAAGCUCCUCCAAUGCCAGAGCCAGAACCAGUCAGACAAGCUAUUCGCUCUCAAUCCCGUGUUCCUUCAGGAGGACGGCAGGACAAUCGAUUGGACGUCCCUGACGAAUACUCCCAAGCCGAUUCUCCUGGACGCCGAGCCAACAUCACCCGUGCAUCCACAUUCCAAGGACCUACUGCCAUCUACCGAGAAAUCCCCGUCUCUGAAACCCGCCAGAAUUCUGUCCCCCCCAAUGUCGGUACCAUGCGAGCACAGCUACGACCUUCAGCCCGAGUCAAUACAAACUCAGAACUCUUUGGCGAUCCAUCAGAUGACUCCACACUCAACAGCAAUAGUCCUGAUCGAUCAUACGGAGCCCGUUCUGUCAGUCCCGCGACCUCUCAUGGUAGUAGUGUAGCCAGCCGAACGACUCCCCAAUCGACCCUUACCAACGCUUCAAAUGGACGUAAAGGCCCGCCUCCUCCGCCACCGAGCCGUGCAAAGAAGCCACCGCCACCUCCUCCUAUGAAGCGCGCUGAAAUGAGCUCUACGAGUGUUAAUCGCUACUGA